AUGACACUGGGCCCAGAGGUGGUUGCUGUCCAGGGACUGGGGUCCAAGCUGAGGGAUCUGCAAGGGACUCUUCCCAAGGCAGAGGUCGAGGAAGAUGCCUGUGUGUCCCUCCCCUCCCUGGCCUGGGGUGAGUGCCAUCUCUGGACCUCUAAGAUUCGGAGACGCCGCCCCACACCUGCCACCCUCGUGCUGACCAGUGACCAGUCAUCUCCAGAAGUGGAUGAAGACCGGAUCCCCAACCCACUUCUCAAGUCUACUCUGGCAAUGUCUCCACACCAACGGAAGAAGAUGACACGGGCCACACCCACAAUGAAAGAGCUCCAGACGAUGGUUGAACAUCACCUGGGGCAACAGAAGCAAGGAGAGGAGCCUGAAGGAGCUGCCGAGAGCACAGGGACCCAGGAGUCCUGCCCACCUGGGAUCUCAGACACAGGAGCAGAGUCCAGGCUGGGCACCCCUGGGACAGCACAGCAAUUUGCAGGACUCAGCCCUAAGACUCAGGAGAGGAGCAGUGAGGAGCCCAGCACAGAGGAUCCCUCAAUCCAUAUACCGCCCCUGGACUCCCAGGGAGCCAACUCGGUCUGAGGCAGCAGCAUCCUGGCAUUGCAACUGCAGUUUGGGAAUGCAUGGACACUGGAUAUGUGAUUUCUUACUUCACUUUUGGGGAAAAUCUCUCAUUUUUAAAAAGUGAUAAAUUUGGUGUUAGGUCCUUGGCACUUUCCUUCUUUCCAAGCUUGGAGAAUCCUUUCUGCCUCCCCUCCUGUCUGUCCCCUCUUACCCAGCUGCCUCUAGGAAGGAGGAAAUAGGGUUGCUAGGCAAAAGCUCCCUGACCUUGCCUUUACUUGCUACAGGAAGAGAGAUGGGGCGGGUCAGGCAGGUAGGACGACUGACCUCUAGAGUGCCAAAAAGGAAGGUUGGCCUCAGGUUCUGGAUUCUGAGGAAAGAUCCAGCCACCUGGCAGGGUUGCCCUGCAGCUUUGAGCCCUGGAGCCUGUGCCCUACAGCUGUGACGAUGCUAUGGGCGCCAUCUGCUGGACGAAGGAGGGAGGUGCACCCUGGCCCUUGGCCCAUGAUGAAGGGGUGGGGGAGUCAUGCGUUCCAUCCUCCACCUUGAGACCACCUUCCCUCAAUCCGCUCCAUGAGCAAAAGUGGACAGAGAGCACAGUGACUGCUAAGAGACCCUUGCUGGGAACAAGUAGGAUUGCCUUCCCCUCUGUUCCAGGUACUGAAAGACCAGGGUAAGACAAAAACCAAGCACAGGUGAAAUGUCCUCCAGUCCUACGGCAGUCCUGACACUGACUGAUUUUCCCCAAGUAGAGGAGGACAGGAAGGAGAGAAGGCAAGUUUCAUCUGCCUUCCAGGCUGAAGCAGCAGCGUGGCACAGAGAGAAAAGCACAGCCCAGGAGAAGUGUGAGGCCGUACUUCUGCUGGGCACUACCGUUUGCCCUCAGAC